UUAAAAUAAAGUUUUAAAGCCAAGUGAACUAUGAAUAAUCAAGAACAAAUUGAUACAGACACAGAAGCAACUGCACAAGGUCAAUGCCGAAUAUCAGUUCGUCUGUUAAAUUUAAUGGAAAAAACACAUUAUGAAUUAGUUCAAGAAAAUGGUCAACGUCGUUUAACUUCUCCAGAAUUAACGAAAGAACGUCGUGAAAGAAUAAAAGGAGCUGAAGUUUUUCUAGGACGGCUACCUCGAGAUUGUUAUGAAGAUGAGUUGAUGCCUGUUUUAGAGAAAGUUGGACAUUUAUUGGAGUUGAGAUUGAUGCUAGACUUCUCAGGAUCUACUCGUGGCUAUGCGUUUGCUCUUUACGAAGAUGCUGUAACAGCAAAAAAAGCCUGUCAGUUGCUGGAUGGCUAUCAGCUGAGACCUGGACAUAAGAUAGGUGUUGUGAAAUCAAUCGAUAAUUGUAGACUCUUUUUUGGUGGAGUUCCCAAAGAUAAAACAAAAGCUGAGUUUACUGAAGAACUAGGAAAAAUUCUCGAUGGAAUCUCUGACAUUUAUCUAUACCCCAAUGCUCAGGAUCAUACUCAAAAUAGAGGAUUUAUAUUUGUGGAGUUUAAGGAUCAUCGUUCAGCUGCUAUGGCAAGACGUAAACUCAUUCCUGGACGAGUUGUACUAUGGAAUCAUGAAAUUGCUGUUGAUUGGGCUGAUCCAGAACCUGGAGAUCCAAUUGAUGAUGAAGUUAUGGCUACUGUAACUGCUUUAUUCGUAAGAAAUCUACCUCUUGACUUACCUCAUCAAAAAAUACGAGAUACUUUUCAUAAAGCAACUGGAAUACCAAUUCUAAAACUAAAGAAGAUCAAUCAUUUUGCUUUUGUACACUAUGAAACUCGAGAACUAGCUGAAAAGGUUAUCAACAUAAUGAAUGCACCCGGAGGAAUAGCAGAACAACGCAAUUGGGAAAUUCGCUGGGCCAAACCAAUAGGAGCAGCAAAGGUAGAAGAAAGACAACGUUCAAUAAAUGAAGCUAUUGCCGCAUCAAAAAUGGGCGAACUUCAGAAAAAAAAGAAUCCAUCUACUAGUAAUAGACGAAUAAGGAAAAAAGGAUCCAAUCAUGAACCACAAAGUCCUAAUCAUCAAGUUAUGCUUUCGCCGGACUUAAAUUUAUCUCCAGUAAAUCGUGCUAUUAUCCCGCCUCCUAUCAGUCCUCCUCAACAUAACAUCCAACCUCCACUACAGCCAUACAAUUAUCAAAGAAUUCUAGAAGACUUUGUUUCUGAAAAAUUAUGUGCCAAAUGUCAGAUCAAUUGUCAUCAGCUCUAUAGCCCUACGGCCUACGUAUGCAAGAUUACAAUUUUCCGUGAAGAUCAUAUCAUUUAUGAUUACACAGGGAACAUUUUUUUCUCUGAAGAGUUGGCAAUUAAUGUAACAUCGAGAGAUGUUUACUUUAAACUUACCAAUAGUGUUGCAGAGCAACAAAUGAUUCCAAUAUAUGUUUAUCCACAAACUGCUCAACUCCAAAGCAGAAUGGAAGCUUGUCAUUAAGUAUUGACUAUUGGUUAAUAUUGAUAAUUUUUAUCAAUGGUUUUUCGUCAUGUUAUGGAUAAUAAGUUUAACUUUUCUGAAUGUUCAGCAGCUUAAUUCUUUUACAUUGACAUUAUUUCUUAUCUGUCUUGCCUUGUUUAGUUUUAAUCAUUGUUUAUUCAUUGGUUUAUUUUUAUUGCAUUUAUUUUUAUUAUUCAUUUCAUUUUAUUAUCUAUCUAUACAAUCUUUAAAGAUUAGUUAUGGCAUGAAAAAAUUUUUUUCUUAAA